AUGGCAAGAGUCUCUCCCUGGUACAUAUAUAAGUUCAAAGCGUACACGAAGGAAAGAUGGGUUGGCCAGAAUCUGCUCGAUGUCCUGGCAGGGGAGUUCAAGCGAAGGACUCGGCUCUACUUUGAGAAGGCCGUGGAGGCAGGAUCUAUACUCGUGAACAACGAAAAAGUCCCAAAAGAGUACGCUCUGAGGCACGGAGACUUAAUCACGCACACAACGCACAGGCACGAGCCCCCCAUCCCCACGGAGAGAAUUCCUGUCGUUUUCCAGGACGACCGAAUAGUCGUCGUUGACAAGCCCGCGGGGAUUCCCUGCCACCCGAACAGCUCGUACAACAAAAACACGCUCUCGGAAAUCGUAAAAAGGCAGAGAAGUCUCGAGUACGUCUCCGUGCAAAACAGGCUGGACAAACAGACGUCCGGGGUCGUGAUACUCGCAAAAACCCCGGAGGCAGCAGUUGAGUACCACAAAAAGAUGGAGGAAAGGGCAGGGACGAAGAUAUAUCUGUGCAAGGUCCAGGGAGAGUUCCCAGAGGAGGAGGUUGUAGUGAGUCUUCCCCUCGUGAUAUCCCGAAAGACCUGCACAACGGAGAUACACGAUAUAGAGGGCCUGCAGGGAAAACCCAGCACUACGAUCUUCAAGCGCGUGUACAGUGCGGGCGGAGAAAGUGUCCUGGCGUGCGGGCUUGUAACGGGAAGAACCCACCAAAUUCGGGUGCACCUGCAGGGAAUUGGGUAUCCGAUCGUCGAUGAUAUGCUGUACAGGCGCCCGUAUCUUCGCCCAGACGCACUUCUCGAGGAAGUUCAAGGGAAAACUCCCGAAAGAGUGCACAUCCACGAGGGCGUGUACAGGGAAAUGGUGAGGAAACAGGGCGUGUGCCUAACUCCAGAGUAUGCGGGCAGUCUCCUGUCCGCUGGAGAGUGCAGAACUGACGACUUCGUGGACGACGUGGAACUCCUGCAGAAGAUCGAAACUGCGGAUGUCGGGCGAUUCGUGCAGGAGUCGUGCAUGCACUGCAGAAAUCCAGAGACUUUGGACGUGCUCCCGAAAUUUCUGACUCUUUCCCUGCACGCGUGGAUAUACUCCAUAGGCGGAAAGACGUUUAAAACAGAAUUGCCCGAGUGGUGCACUGAGGGCGUGGAUGAAAGUGCGUGCAUUUCCGCGAUGGAGCAGGCGAAGGAGGAAGUGUCUGAACAGGUGAACAGUUCUGAACAGGUGAAUAAAUAG